CGGUUCAAAAGCAUCUCUUGGGGAGAAGUAGAUUCGAGUAACAUGCUGGUGAUGAAGGAUAUCAAUGUGGUGAAAGCACUCAAGAAGGCCAAAGCAGAGGGCACGGGUGCACUUGACCAUGUGAGCAAGGAUAACCUGAUAGAGAAGCUCCAAGACUGGGCCCAGGAUGAGGUUCUCUUCGAAUACUGCAAACAUCCGAAUAUUAUGCCGUAUCUCAAAGACAUCAUAGGCUCAGCUGGGGCGAAGGCUAUGCACACCAUGAUGAUCAACAAGCCAGGUACGCUACAGGAGAAUAUGGGUCAAAGAUCGAGUACAUUAGGAUAUACGUGCACAAACGAUGGAUGGGGGAGGUGA